AUGCUCGGAAAAGUUGCCUUGGAAGAAGCUUUUGCUCUCCCCCGAUUCAAGGAGCGCACAAGAUGGUGGGCCGGCCUCUUUGCAGUCGACCCUGAUAAGCACGCUGCCGAGAUCAACGACAUUACUGAGCAACGCAUCAAGUACAUGAACGAGCAUGGCGUUGGAUACACCAUUCUCUCUUAUACAGCCCCUGGCGUGCAGGAUGUGUAUGAUCCGAAGGAGGCUCAAUCACUAGCCGUCGAAGUCAACGAUUACAUUGCUGGUGCAAUCAAGGAACAUCCCGAUCGGCUCGGGGCUUUCGCCACUCUAUCAAUGCAUGAUCCUAAAGAAGCGGCAGAGGAGUUGAGGCGAUGCGUGACAAAGUAUGGGUUUAAGGGCGCUUUGGUCAACGAUACCCAGCGAGCUGGCUCUGAUGGCGACGAUAUGAUCUUCUAUGACGGACCGGAAUGGGACGUUUUCUGGUCCACGGUGACCGAACUAGACGUCCCCUUCUACCUCCAUCCCCGAAAUCCCACUGGAAGUAUCCAUGAAAAGCUCUGGGCGAAGCGCAAGUGGUUGAUUGGCCCUCCCCUGAGCUUUGCCCAAGGAGUCAGCCUUCACGCUCUAGGCAUGGUUACCAAUGGUGUUUUUGAUCGGCACCCCAAGCUUCAGAUUGUCCUGGGUCACCUGGGAGAGCAUAUUCCCUUCGAUAUGUGGCGUAUCAACCAUUGGUUUGAGGAUGUUAAGAAGCCACUUGGCCUUGACUGCAAGUUGACAAUCCGAGAAUAUUUCGCUCGCAACCUUUGGAUCACGACUAGCGGCCACUUUUCGACAUCUACUCUUCAGUUCUGUCUUACAGAAGUUGGAGCUGAUAGGAUUCUCUUCUCGAUCGACUACCCAUUCGAGUCAUUCUCGGAUGCCUGCACCUGGUACGAUGCACUUGCGAUUAACGAUGUGGACAAGAGGAAGAUUGCAAAGGACAACGCCAAGAAGCUUUUCAAGCUUCCUAACUUUUACCAAAGCGAGGAUUAA